GCGCAGUACCGUCAUAACGACAUGACGAACGGUUAUGUUUUCACUAGCAACCGUCACUCUGGACUGAAUAAAGUCGUUGUAAAAGGUUGAAAUAUGUCCACUCUGCUUGAUGAGACAGCAGCAGAUGUGCCGGUCAGAGACCUCACAGUGACCCUGUCCCGGAUUGCAGCCGGUCCACAAGAUCCAUCAGUCUUUCAAAAUGCUCGGACGCGACAGGACAUCUCGCGGGUGUCCAGGGAGGAGCUGGAGGACCGGUUCCUGCGCCUCCAUGAGGAGACGCUGCACCUCAAAGGACACAUUCACAAACAGGACGACAAGAUCAAGAAGCUGGCCACAAAGCUGAUGAGGCUGGUGAAGGACCGAGGUCGUAUGGAGCAGCUGGCGGUGGGGGGAGGCCAGCCGGUCUCCAGGGUACGUGACGUGGAGAUGGAAGAGAUGAUAGAGGAGCUCCAUGAGAAAGUCCGGGGUCUGCAGGCCGAGAACGAGGGACUGAAACAGCGCCUCCUCGUGGCCAAGCAGCAGCUCAUCAACUCUCAGAGCAGGAGGCCGACGCCGUACGGCCACGUCCAGUCACGGGUCAGCUCUGGCUUGAAGAAGCUGCGAGAUGACGCGUCCUCUCCCUCCCAAACACGACCAAAAAGUACCAGGAGUUUGGAGGGAGGUGGGAGACCCCCGACCGGCCUCUUACCUCGAUUCGGACACAGCCUGCUGGAGGAGGCGAGAGCCGAGAUCCGCAACCUAGAGAACGUGAUCGAGCUCCAGCGGAGCCACAUGGAGGAGAUGGAGGGAGUCUCGGAGCAGCUGAGGGACGAACUGAGGAAGAAGGAGGCAGAAUAUCAGGAGAGGCUUCUGCAGGUCCGACAGCAACAGACCUCCAAACUGAGGUCACACGUCAACAACAACGUGACGAUGAUCAAGCUGCAGAAGCAGCUGGCCGACAGGUCCAACGGCGUCACAGAGCUGGAGGGACGAUUUCUACAACUACAAGAGAGUCAGAGGACGCUGAAGGUCAGUCUCGAUGCAGCGAUGACGAAAGUGGACGAGCUGUCCGGUCAGCUGAAAGACGAGAGGCUGAAGAGCCUGGACCUGGAGCAACGGCUGCAGAGUUCCACCAUAUCUAAGAUCAGGGUGGAGCAGUUGCAGGAGCAGAUCAGUGAACUGGAGCAGGAGAGGGACCAGCUGAAGGAGAACAAUGAGAAACUGGUCAACAGCGCCUUCGACGUGUCUCGGGAACAGAAGUGGCAGAUUCAGGAGCAGCAGCUGAAGUUACAGAUCGCCCAGCUGGAGACGGCGCUGCAGGCCGACCUCGUCGACAAAAACGAAAUCCUCGACAAAAUCAAGGCUGAGCGAGAUACAAGUGAGAAGCUGACGGAGGAAAAUAAGAAACUUCAUAUCCAGUUUCUGGAACAGAAGCAGCAGCUGGAGGAGCUCCGUGACCGUCUGAAAUUCUACAGCAGGGAGAGUGAGUACGACGUGGCCGAACUCACCGAGGCGCUGCUGCUCAUUAAGACGCGUAACUCCCAGAAGAGUGGAGAUCUGGGCUUCCUGAAAGAGGUGGAGGAGGGAGCGAGCGGCAACACUGCGAGCACCGUCCGAGAGCUACGAGCCGCUCACGCUGAAACCAUCCAGGAGCUGGAGAAGACCAGAAACCUCCUCAGCGUGGAGAGCAAGAUCUGCAAAGACUACAAGGCGGAGCUGGAGGCCGUGUUGAGGAAGAUGGACGCCGACAGAGUCGAGUACGAGCAGAAGCUGGGACGACAGGCCCAACUGCUGGACACCAGGGCGGCGAAGAUCAAGAAACUGGAAGCUCAGCUCAGAGACAUCGCCUACGGCAACAAAACCUACGUCCUCAAACCAGACAUCACAGACGAAGACGAGACAGAUGAGUUGGAUGAAACUCUUCAGCUGGAGCGAGGAGAGAACCUUCUUGAACUUCAGAUAGUCGGCGCCACGCUCUCUCCGUCCGCCCUGGACGCUCUGGGCGACUCUGAACCCUCCACCUUCUGUACCUACUCCUUCUAUUUCUUUGAGCUGCACUCCACUCCGGUGGUGACGGGCCAGAAACCAAAAUAUGGGUUCACAUCUAAGUACGUGGUGAGCAUGGACGACCGGUUCCUGGACUAUCUCCGCAGGUGCUCUGUGACUGUGGAGCUGCAUCAGGCCCUGGGUUUGGACUGGAGGACAGUGGCGACCGCGCAGCUUCGGCUGCAGCAGCUGCUCGAGCACGACGGAAGAGUUCAUGGCAGCAUGCCGCUGGUCGGUACAUCUGAUUCAGCGUGGUCCUUUGGCUCCGUGGAUUACUGGCUGAGGCUGAAGAUCCCCGUGACAGAGACCCUCCGUCUGUAUAAAGAGAAGGUGAAGGCCGUCAGCUACAUCAACACCACACCGAGAGAAGACACACAGCCGCAGCCACCCAGCGGCAGUCUGAACGAACUCUACGUCACCGUCCAACGCUGCCGAGACCUGCAGCCAGGAACCUCCCGGCUACCGAGCCCCUACGUGGUCUACAAAGUCUUUGACUUCCCCGACCACCCGACCGCCACCGUCCACGACUCCUGCGACCCCGACUUCGACGACCUCAAGUCCUACUCCGUCCUGAUGGAUGUAGAUCUGGACCGGUACCUGAGGUCUGAGGUCCUUCGGUUCUACGUGUUCGACUACAAAGAGGAGCAGAUGGACACGUACCUGGGGAAGGCCCGGGUACCUCUGCUGUCACUGGCCCAGGACAAGGGGAUCACAGGUGCGUUUGAGCUGACCGAUCCCUCUGGACUCCCCGCCGGCCAUAUUACAGUGGCGCUGCAGUGGACGUCCCCUUACCUCCCUCCACCAGGCUGCGUCAUGUCUGCGGAGGAGCCAGAGUUCAUCCCAACAGAGAAGUUAACGGCUGAGCCAAAGCAGGAACAGCACAGCGUGGAGGAAGAGGAGGAAGCCAAAGACCUUUUCCAUCUCUCCUCCUCUCUGCCUGAGGUCGCAGCCGUCAGCUCUAAGGCCCCGCUGCCAAAGCUCAGACAGAAGACAAAAGAGGGAAUGAUGGCCAAAAAGGUCACGUUUGUAGAUCCCACAGCUGCGAAUGACCAGGUCGAGGACAAGACCUCUCCAGGUCCCAGAGAGACGGCGUCCUCACCUGUCGUACAGGUUGCGUCAGAAGCGACUCCUCAGUGCGCCGCAGAGGAAGAGGAAGAAGAGUCUCACUUCUCUGAAGGACAGCUGCUGCCAACAAGCUCUCAGUCCUGCUCCGACGACUCUGAGAUCUCUGAGGAAAUCACAGAAGAUGUUGAGGAGGCUCCAGCGGCCAAAGAGGAUCAGAGUGAAUCGACUCAGUCCGACAGCGAUGACUGCAUUGUUCAUGGACCGGCCACGGGGAGGAAGACCUCCGAGCGAGUGCGGGUGGAAAUUCUGUCCCUGAGCUUGAGGCCGGAGUCUCGGGUGGCGAGGGACGGCAGCGUGGUGCGUCUGUUUGUGGAGUACUCCCUCCUGGAUCUGCCCACGGAGGAAACCCCGCUGUCUCUACCCAAACCCCCCCGGGGCAAGAGCAUCAACUUCAACUACAGCAAAGUCGUUCCCGUGGACGCAGAGAACAACGGCGCGAGGCGGCGGCUGCUGAGGGGAGUCCUGCAGGGCAGAAACCCCGACAUGGAGAGAAUCCGGUUCACGGUGGUGAGCGAACCUCCGGAGGAAGAGGAGCAGGAGAGGGAGUGCGAGGACGUGGGAGUGGCCUACCUCAGGAUCCCCGAAAUCCUGGAGACGCAACAAGACCUGACCGAGACCAGCCUGAAGGUGUUGGAUGUGGAGGACAGCAGCGAGGUGGUCGGCAGUCUGACUGUGACUGUGGAGGGUCUGGAGGCUCUGCGGGCCAUCAUGGAGGACCAGGACCAGGACCAGGACCAGGAGCGAACCCCCGUCUCCUCUCUGCUUCAGUCAGCAUGAGGCAGCGUCUCCGACAGGGCGGGACGACUCGCUGCUCAGAGAACGGGGUUUAUGUUGAGGUGUUUGGUGGUUAUCAAAUAUGCGGUCACUGAACAGCGGUUUCUCUGCUCAGGAAGAACAGAUCGUGUUAUUUUGCAGGUCAAAACAAAUGUCGGUUAAACACCGAGCAAAGCUUGGUGGAAACGCGUCUCGUCUCUCUGUCCUCCACUUUAGUUUCUGACCAUAUAUCUGCAGAACUUAAAGACAUCUGACGGUGAACACUAAAUAUCAGCAUGUUAGCAUUCAGCUGAAAGCUCAGCUGUGUGGAAGUCGCCUCAAAGAGGAUCUGUUUCACUUUGACAUUCAGAUUGAACCCAGUUUUCACCACAUGCAUGCUCAGGAUGAGGCGGAGCUUCUGUCCCUGUCAUGUCGGCAGAUAAACAGGCAGCGCGUGGACGUCUCAAUAACACCUGAAGAUGAAGUGUAGCUGCCUGUUAGAGAGGACUGUACUGUACUACAGAUCUUAUUUAAUGUUACCGUGUCCUCACAUCUAUUAUGAAGUCAGCUGUUACAAUGCCCUGUUUUUGAACGUGAAAAUAAUAUUUGCCUUUUGUACUGUGUUGAAGCACUGCAGUUAUUUAAUGGACUUGGGGUUUUAUUUUCGGCAGGAGGGAUUUGUUAGUGAGUCUUCAGCUGCUGAUGUUUCCUGCAGUUUCAGGUCUCUGGCAGGUCAGCAGCCGUUUGAUUUAAUUUUGGGUGUAAGAGAGUCUCAGCGCACCUGCAGAAUAAUUUUUGCAGUGUUGUCUAUAGGAGGGAAAGAAGUCUCACAAGCGUGCCUUAUAUUUGAGAUUUCCUGUAUGAUGUUUUGUAUUGUGCUCUAAUAAAGAGUGUUUUUCUGUA